AUGAAUUCUGACCUAGAGGAUGGGUCCUUCCAGGCUGUCUUCCUCCUCCUGGUGCUGGCCCUGCUCCUGCUGAUGGGCUUUCUGCAUGUGGACAUCGAGCUGCUCACUCCGAGUGAGGUGGAGAGGCUGCCAGUUACCAACAUCAUGUUCCUCAAGACACACAAGACAGCGAGCAGCACCGUGCUCAACAUCCUCUACCGAUUCACCGAGACUCACAACCUGUCUGCAGCACUGCCGGCGGGCCCCAGCCUCCACCUAGGCUACCCCUGGCUCUUCCUGACACGCUAUGUGGAGGGGAGCAUGAAGGCAGACAGCCUUCACCAGCACUUCAACAUCAUGGGCAACCACCUGCGGUUCAAUGCUCCUGAGGUGCAGAAAGUGAUGGCCCCGGACACCUUCUACUUCUCUAUCCUCCGGGACCCGGCCCUCCAGCUCGAGUCCGCCUUCUACUACUACAAGAGCGCCGCGCCGGCCUUCCGGCGCGCCCCGAGCCUGGACGCCUUCCUUGCGGAGCCACGCCGGUACUACCAAGGCCAGGGCAGCGUACACGACGUCUACGCCCGCAACUCCAUGUGGUUCGACUUCGGCUUCGACCCCGACGCGCCGGCCGAGGACGGCUACGUGCGCGCGCGCCUCGCCGAGGUGGAGAGCCGCUUCCAGCUGGUGCUCAUCGCCGAGUACUUCGACGAGUCCAUGGUGCUGCUGCGGCGCCGGCUGCGCUGGCGGCUGGACGACGUCGUCUACUUCCAGCUGAACGCGCGCGGGGGGCGCGGCCCGGCCCGCCUGGGGCCCCGCGGCCGGGCGCGCGCGCGGCGCUGGUGCGCGCUGGACUGGCGCCUCUACCAGCACUUCAACCGCACCUUCUGGGCGCAGCUGCGCGCCGAGCUGGGCCCGAGCCGGCUGCGGGCCGAGGUGGCGCGGCUGCGGGCGCGGCAGCGCGAGCUCGCCGGCCUGUGCCUGCAGGACGGGGCGCCCCAGAACAAGACGCAGAUCCAAGACCCCGGGCUGCGCCCCUACCAGUCGGGCCAAGCCCACAUCCUGGGCUACAACCUCAGGCAGGAUCUGGACAACGCCACGCGGCUGCUCUGUCGGCGCAUGGUGAUGCCCGAGCUCCAGUACAUGGCGCACCUGUACGCCCGGCAGUUCCCGGAGAAGCCCCCGAAGGUCAUGCCCUUCCUGAAAGGGUAG